GCUGUGAUACGAAAAAAUCUCUUACAGAAGUUACUUAUCAUGGUGAAUCCAAAACUGUACGCUUCAUCCGACAAUUUGCAAACACAUAACGUGGAAUCGGUCAUAGAAGAAUUCGCUGACGAUCUCAUGAAAAUGUCAGGAAAAUGUAUGGACAUUGGUUGUGGUCCGGGAAACUCGACAAAGGAUUUACUCUUACCGGCUCUUCAUUCGAAUGCAACGGUGAUCGGUACUGAUAUUUCUGAGUCCAUGAUCAAGUAUGCCAACAGAAAUUAUAGUGAUAGAAGAAGACUUAAAUUUGAAGUAUUGGACAUACAAACCAAAUAUUUACCUAAAAAAUAUGUUUCCGAAUUUCAUCACAUUUUUUCAUUUCACGCUUUGCACUGGUGCACCGACAUUGAACAAGCGUUCAAAAAUAUUUAUCGUAUGCUCCGACCUGGGGGAAGUAUGCUUACACUUAUAAUAGCGUCUCAUGACGUAGCUGAUACUUUUCAAACAUUGGCUGAAGAUAUUCGUUUUGCACCAUAUUUGAAGAAUUUGAAACAUACAUAUCCAUUUAAUAAUGUACCUCAUUCUCAGAAAAGAGUAAAGACUUUAUUAAAAAAUAUCGGAUUCGAGAUUUGCCAUUGCAGUCUCCGGGAGGGAUCUUCCAUAAAUCACGACAAAUUUAUAAAGUCGAUGAUAUCCAUGUGCUCAUCAAUAGAUAAAAUGACAGCGGAUCAAAAAGAACAAUUUAAAAGUAGUUUUGAACGCGAAUAUAUAAGUAGAAAAAUUAUUUAUACAUUGAGAAAUAAUGAUAAAGAACAAACAUAUAUAUUAGAUAUAUACAGUAUGCUAAUAAUUUAUGCAGUAAAAGGCAGAAAAAACAUGAUAACUAACUAAACAAAUAGAUAAAAUUUAGAGUAAAGUAUUGCGUGACUAAAAUGCGGGAGAUAUGUGCGUAUUUUCUUACUAAUCGACUUACUUAUCAAUUCACUAAUUUUGUAUUUACCGCCUUGAAUAUCAUCACAAUUAUGGAAGUUGAUAGUUUAUGGAACCCAUCUUUGUAUAUAUAUAUUAGAAGUACAAGUGUACAGCACUUUAUAACAAACUCAACAAUGUGAUGCAAAAUUACAAUACGCAUUUUCCAAAACUCAAUUUCUCAUGACAUCUAUAUAUAAAGGAGAGCGAAGUUAGUAGACUCAUUAUUUAAUUUUAAAUUUUUAUAGAUAAAUAAAAGACACGCUUAUUAAAAAAAUAAAUCCUAUACUA